UUCCGUCCUCCACUCGGACACAUUUUCCAGACGACGCUCCUGAGGUGUUUCUGUUUCAAAUCUGGAAAGCCGUCGCCUCUCUGGAGCCGACCUAUCAUUCAGUGAGGUUUGUUUUUGAAACACUGAAGGUUUUAUGGCUCUGGAUGAGUAGCGUUUCCGCCUCAGAUCCCACGCCAUGAACCUGCGUGGCGGAGGAAACCUGUCGCAGUUCAUCUCGAGAGCCGUCGCCUCUCUGGAGUCAAACACCUGGUCUCCACAUGGAUUCGAGGAGGGCGUUGUGAACGUCAACAACAUGACGAACUCUGGAUGCCGCGGCGGCAAAGACGCGGUUAUUGACUUCCAGCCAGGGAACUGGACUAACCUCGAGGCGGUUUACGGCGACGAGGGCGUCCGGAUCUACGCCUCCCGGUGUCAGGGCAUGGCGGCGGAGAAGAACUGGCCGGCGCUGCUGAUCCUGGUCGUUAUCGCCGUCACAGUGAUGGGAAACAUCCUGGUGAUCCUGGCCGUGUCACUGGAGAAGAAGCUGCAGAACGCCACCAACUACUUCCUGAUGUCUCUGGCCGUCGCUGACAUGCUGCUGGGCGUCCUGGUCAUGCCGGUCUCCAUGGUGACCAUCCUCUACGAUUACGGCUGGCCGCUGCCCUCCAACCUCUGUCCCGUCUGGAUCUACCUGGACGUCCUGUUCUCCACUGCGUCCAUCAUGCACCUGUGCGCCAUCUCUCUGGACCGGUACAUCGGCAUCAGGAACCCCAUCCACCACAGCCGCUUCAACUCCCACACCAAGGCCCGCAUCAAGAUCAUGGCUGUGUGGACCAUCUCCGUGGGAAUCUCCAUGCCGAUCCCCGUCCUGGGACUCCGAGAUCACUCCAAGGUCUUCAAAGAUGGCAGCUGCAUGCUGACCGACAACAACUUUGUGCUGGUGGGUUCCUUCGUGGCCUUCUUCGUGCCGCUCACCAUCAUGGUGGUCACCUACUUCCUGACCAUCAGGGCCCUCCAGAACGAGGCCACGCUGUGCCUGGACCAGCUGGUGCCGCGGCCCAAAUGGAGCACGACGUUCACCCUGAGUUUCCUGCCGCAGACCUCGCUGUCCUCUGAGAAACUCUUCCGGCGUUCCCUGAGUCGCGAGGCCGGCGGCAGGGGGAGUAAUGGCGGGCUUGGAGGCGCCAGAGGAAGCAUCUCCGGCUCCGUGUUCGGGCGCCGCACCAUGCAGUCCAUCAGCAACGAGCAGAAGGCAUCCAAAGUCCUCGGGGUGGUGUUCUUCCUCUUCGUGGUCAUGUGGUGCCCGUUCUUCAUCACCAAUGUUCUGGUGGUGGUGUGCGACCCAGAGGUGUGCGACGCGGCGCUGAUGGGGGGCCUGCUGAACGUUUUCGUGUGGGUCGGAUAUCUGUCGUCCGCGGUCAACCCGCUGGUCUACACACUGUUUAAUAAAACGUACCGGGCAGCGUUCCAGCGCUAUGUCCGCUGCCGGUACCGGCCGGAGAAGAAGCCGCUGCAGCUCAUCCUGGUGAACACCAUCCCGCCGAUGGCCUACAGCUCCAGCCAGCUGGGCGACGUGGCCAAGUUCCGGAAUGGAUUGGCGCACUGCAGCGGAGAGAUGAAGGAUUUCUCUUUGUGUAAGCCUAACAAAAGUCACGGAGUCAAGGACGAAAGCUGCGUGUGAUUAAAACCCUCGCUAAUUGUGAAACUUACGCAAUAAUUUAUCCUUUAAUUGUGUUCACAUCGAGGGUUAAAGUGCCAAAGACAAAGUGCCUCCAGGUCAGGAUUUAGAAACACUGAGGACAUUAGAUCAGAGCAGCUAGAAUAAAACCUUUUCAUUUCAAUGACUUCUGAGCGUUGGAUCAGCUGAAUCGAGUUUCGAUAAACCAAAAAAAAGCUUGUUUUAUUGAUUCAAGUCUCUAAAAGUCUCUAUGAGUUUUAGAGCCUCCUCUUUCCUGCCAGCUAAUGCAAUGAGUCUCGUAAGAACACAUCACUUUAGUUUUUAGAGAGUCAGUCGAUAGAGUCUGAAUGAGAUGGAUGGACGGUCUUGGGCAAAUACAAAAAGUGACAGAAUGACCCGUUUUAUAAUAUCUCUUUGGACA